AUGGAACAAUCAGAUGUUGACGGAGAUAAAAAUAUGAUUGAAGAAGUUAAUAUAUCCCUAUUUGAUAUGCCUAUAGAAUAUUCUCUUGGACAUUGCAUAGCAAAAGAUAUGUGUAUGAGUGCGGGCAUCGCCAUAGAUUUUAAGAGGAUCUUCGGAAGAAUUGGUGAACUGAUGGACCAAAAACCAAACGUUGGCACAGUAGCUUAUUUGCAACACAAAAAUCAAUUCAUAUAUUAUUUAAUUACAAAAGAAUAUAGUAACAGUAAACCAACAUACAAUAGUUUAACUGCUGCCAUUAACAAACUACGGGAUUUAAUUGUAAAACAUGGUGUUACAAAAUUAGCUAUCCCACGUAUUGGUUGUGGUCUAGACAACUUGGACUGGUCAAUAAUAAGAGGCAUCAUUCAUAAUAUUUUUCAAAAUGUAGGAUGUACAAUCAAAAUUUGUCAUUUUACACAUUAUAUGUCAAAAGAAUCAGAACUACUUAGAAUUCCACAUCCAAGUAUUGUUAAAGUAAAGCAAAAUAUCAAAGAUAUUCAAAAGCGAGAAAAUGAAAAAACAAAUCAUCAACAAGAAGUAAUGACUAUUGAUGAUAUGUAUCCCAAUAAUUUUAAAGCUGUUACUAAUACCCAUUGA